AUGGCGAAUGCCUAUUCGGGGCAGAAAAAUGGCCUCUCUGGUGGCCCAGGGGGCCAUGAUUCGAGGAACCAGCUGACGCGACCAUUUACGCUUCAAGAAGCUCUCCCAUAUUCUCCGCAGACCUCUAUCCUACCCUUCACACCAGAUCUUAUACCCGACCCUAUAAUCGGCUCCGGCUCGCUCGGUGCUGGGCUAACCGACCUCUUCACACGCGACGAAUUCGACAAUGUGAAUCGAAGCGGAAAUGCGCAGUCGUCAAACAAGAAACACAUCAAGCAGGUCGCCGAUGUUCUGCUGCACGAGAUAAAACCCAAAGAAAGAACAGAUUACAAGUUCAAGCCGAUCCCACGAGUGCCUGGCGUCAUCGGCGCGGAGCGCAAUGCAGCCGAGGGUUUAUCUCCACUAGCCAGAGCCAUCUUCGACCGUGUAUCGAACCACUUCACAUAUGCCAGACAAGACGCCAGUCCUUCCGUUAUGAAUGGCCGGCCACAAUCGUCAAGUAGGAAGGCAAGCUCCUCCAAGUCCAAGGUCAAGGUGGAGACCCCGACUGCAACACCCACAAUCACGCCAAACAAAGCUGCGAAUGCUCAAUCCUUCAACCAAAAUCGGGCCAAAAUAGAAGUUGCUAUACCUCUGAAGAAGCCAAUCAAUAUCAAUGAUUACAUUGAAAUUGACGACCUGGGUGCUCCUUCCCAGCUGGAGCAACAACCGACCUCCAUCGACCCUGCUAAACUGCAGGCAACUCCUCAACCGCAAACGCAGCCAGAACCGACAAUCUCUCACGUUCCCGAUACCUCGACUGUCAACCCGUCGGACCUGCAGAUUCACCCUCCCCCUCCUCCCAUCACGCCUAUUAAACCCCCACCUACACCGAUGCCUAUGGCCCCAAGCCAAAGCCCCGUUUCAGCCACGGUUGAGAAGCCCAGUAUUACGGUAGAGCUCGGCGCCCCUAUCCUCGACAAAGAUGAAUAUAUUGAGGUUCCCGACUCUCCAGAUGCUCCGACCCAUCUGUCUACCAAGAAGCGAAAGCGGGAUGAUGGGUUAGACGGCGAAGGCCUUAUUGGGGCCAGUCUGGACCAGAGACAACGUGCGGACGCUGCAUUACAGGACCUGAUGAAGAUCACACGCGAGGUUUUCGGCGCCGUUGGCUCGGCAAUUUCUGGUGACGUCGGUGUCGGUCAUUUGGUUGUUCUCAACGAAUCUAAUGAGCCUACUCUCACCGCAUACAUACAUCAAAAGGCCCAGGCCGCUAUCCAGAAAGUAAUUGGCCUUGGUGUAUACGACCAGGUGCCCAUCGAGGACUUGGUGCGGUACCAAAAGCUCAGUGAGGGUAGCAUCAAAGAUGUGGACGCACUAGAGCUCAAGAUUGACGACACGUGGGGUGAACCGGAAAUCGCGUCAUGGGUACAACGCAUUCCUGAUAUCGAGACUGCACUGAAGGCGGCGCGGACUGCCCUCCGGAUCAUGUCUGGCGGAAGGGAAGAUAAGCGACUUUACUCGGAAGAGACAAUUCAGCAAUGCAUUGAUCUCUUUAAGCGUAUCAUGGAUGGUAUCGUCGUUCCCAUGGUUGAGCUUCGGAAUUCCGGUCCGCCUGGGGUUUUAUUCAAGCUGCUGCUCCCUCAUAAAAAAGCAAUCGCGCCCAUAUUCACCAACAGCCAGCGGCUCUUUUCUUUGUUGGCUACUCUGGUCACGAAUAUUGAGCUCUCCGAGUCGGUCAUCAACACAUUAGAAUUUUUAGCGACUCGCUUGAUAUUUGUCGAAAAUGCCCACUACGAGAAGGACUCGGUUAUUGGUGUACAGCGGUUCGACGGGCUUCGGCUUGUGGCUAUGGAUGUGCUCUGCCAGAUUUUCUUGAUGAACCCAGGCCAGCGCCAAGGAAUUUUCGACGAGAUCUUGACGUCUCUUGAAAAGCUCCCUGUCGGGAAGCAAAGCGCGCGGCACUUCAAGCUUGCUGACGGUGGUAGCAUCCAGCCUGUUUCAGCCUUGAUUAUGAGGCUAGUUCAGUCCAGUGCUGGUAAAGUAGACGAGGCUAAAGAGCGAAGGCGGAGUGCGCUCCAGGAUAUGGACGAGGACGGAGAGGACAGUGACACACCAAAGAAGUCGGCAUCGGGUGGCCGAAUAAUGUACACUGUCAAGAGUGAAGAGGACGGUUGCGAGCAGUUCGAUACUGCGGUAAAAGAACUCCAGGAUGCGGUGACACCGUUGGUUGAAACCUCGAAGAGGAAUGCCGGCUAUGUGGUUGGCUUCAUCGUUAAUCGGGCCCUCAAAUCGACCAAGUCUGGCGACACACCCUACCGGAACUUGCUUGACCUCUUCGUUGAGGACUUCACCACAUGUCUUGACUCCCCGGACUGGCCUGGAGCGGAGCUAUUACUUCGCUUCAUGAUGGUUCGAAUGGUCCAGCUCUCGGAGGGUGAAAAGACCGCAGCUCCGGCCAAAAACAUGGCUCUGGAUGUUUUAGGCACUAUGGGCGCCGCAAUCUCCAGAUUACGGUCGACUGUCCGCAAGGCUGCGAGUACGCUAGAUGGCGGCGACUCGGAUGAUCUUGGACGCUUCCUCUCGGAGCUCGCUAUGACUGCUCUAGAACAACGGGCUCGUGUUGAAUAUGCGGUUUCCUGGUCCGGCCCUUACCGCGUAGCUCUCGAGCAUCUAGAAGAAAAAUGCGCCAAUGAUCACCAUCUCCAGAGCGCUAUAUCUUUGGUAACUUGCGAUUGGGCAAAUAAAAUCUGCGCCGGGUACAAUUCCCUGGAAGGCGAUGAUGAGGAGCGAGAUAGGGAAUUUGGACGGCUUGCUUAUCGACUUCGGAUGAUGCUUGACGAUCGACAGUGGAUGUCCAAGGAAUACACCUUCAAGACGGUAUCGGCGACUCAUUCCAGGCUCGCGUAUGCCGUUGUUCUUCUCCGAUCCCAACUUUGCGAAUCGUUUAACGCCAUCUUGAACAUUGUUCUUGGCGCAAUGGCCAGCGACCAGGCCACGGUUCGAAGCAAGAGUUUAAAGAGCGUCAAUCAAGUCUUGGAAACCGAUCCUGCGAUUCUGGAUGGUGACUCCGUCGUCAUUCAUCUUAUUCUCCAAUGUGCGAGCGAUUCUUCGCCGCAGGUCCGAGACUCGGCCUUGGGUCUGAUCGGCAAAUGCAUGUCAAUGCGACCACACCUUGAGGAACAGCUAACAGAUCGCGUUGUCGACCGGUUUAUGGAUGCCGGUAUUGGGGUUCGGAAGAGGGCCAUGAAGCUUGCGCGAGAUAUUUAUUUACGAAACAAGAACAGAGCUAUCCGGGUGGCAAUCGCGAGCGGCUUGCUGCUACGAGUGCAAGAUCCGGAUGAGAGUGUCAGGGACCUUGCUCGUCAAAUGAUCGAGGAGAUUUGGUUUGCGCCGUUUUACUAUCAUUCCGAGGACACACCAGCCUUCCAGGCCUCCCUAACCGACCAUGUGAACCUCAUGAUUCAAGUGAGUAAGGCGGGACACGCAUCGGCAGUUCUUGACAAGGUUCUCCAAUCUGUACUAGGGCCACAAACCAAGCCGGCUGAAGGACCCUUUGCGGUAUGCACGAAACUCGUGGCUACAAUGUUCGAGCUUAUCAACUCACUCGACUCUGACGACCCUGCGGUUCCUUCGGGUCGGGACGCCCUCCAAGUUCUCAUGACUUUCGCUAAGGCGGAGCCCAAGCUGUUCACCUUUGAGCAAAUUAAGCUCCUGAAGCCUCACCUCUCUAACUUCACUACCAUGGAAGACCUUCAUGUAUUCCGGGCGGCUGUUGUUAUCUAUCGGCGUGUCCUGCCUCAACUUCCUGCUGUCCACACACAAUUUUUCAUGGAGGUACGAACGCAGCUCCUUGCAAGCAUUGCCAAGAUCAGCAAAGUCCUCCUGGAUGAUGUUGUAGCGUGUGUGUGGAUUGUCUGCGGCGUCCUCAAUACUAUCACACCCCUGGCGCGGCUCUCACUCUCUAGUCUCGUGGGCAUCCAAAAACUUCGUCAGGUACCGCUUAGCGCGCAGAAUAUUAAAGUAUUCCAGCGUUACUCGAUCAUUGUCGGGAUGAUUGGCAAGCACUGCGAUCUUGAUAGCCAAGCCGACGUCUUUAAGGAGAGGUUUCCCAAAUGGAAAGGGAAGAGCGUGCCCGGCUUGAUGGUGGAUUGCCUACUUCCUUUUGCAACUCCAGAUCGUCCGGAGGAUGCUCGGAAAGCUGCCCUUGAUGCGGUGGGCCUAAUUUGCCAAGCUUGGCCGCGCACGUACGUAUCGCCGAACGUCUACACGACAUUCCAGCAGGUGUUCGACGAAAAGAUUCCUGCAUUGGAGGAUAUGAUUCUUUCGUCGUUCAAGGAAUUCCUCCUCAACGAGGAGAGGCGGUCCGAAGCUGCAACAGCAGCUGCGGCCGCUGGUAAUUCGGAAGGUGAAAAGAAACGCGAACUCACAGUUAUGGGCGGCACAAACUAUGAUGAUGUCGCGAGUGCCACUACACAGCGUUUCCUCAAGGAACUCACGCGCAUCUCACUCGCGACCCAAGAUGACCAUGCUUUCCUCGCCGUGGAGGUUCUUGGCAGCAUCAACAGACAGGGCCUCGUUCAUCCAAAAGAAACCGGUGUUACGCUCAUUACUCUACAAACAUCAUCUAACCCCAAGAUAUCCGAGCUCGCCUACCAAGAAUACAAAUCUCUACACGAGAAGCAUGAAACUGUUCUUGAAAGGGAGUACGCCAAGGCCGUCCAGUCUGCGUUUGCCUACCAACGGGAUAUCGUGAAGGACCUGCGCGGGGCAACGACUAAUCCCUUCCAAUCGAAGCUUCACCUGUUGACGGAAAUUCUGAAGAUUAGCAAGUCGAGGAACCGGCAGAAGUUCCUGGAAAAGCUGUGCCAGCAGGUGGACUUUGACGCGACGAAGUUGGAUGUCCGGCAGAACCCCCCGUACCACGUGGCGUUCAGCAGGUUCAUCAUUGAGAACUUGGCAUUUUUUGAGUACAUGACCAUCGGCGAAGUACUGACUACCGUGACGGCCAUGGAGAAGACUGUUACAGGUACAGGGACAUCCAUCGCGCACAUUAUAGAGACUGAGGUCUUCAAUGUUCGCAUGGAUGUAGAUCAGCCACCACCUCCACGAGCUAAUCAACAGCCCGGAGUAGGUGACCAAAUGGAUUGUGCGCCGCUAAAGCCAGCCCUUCCUAAGCUCAACAUCGAUCAGAGGAAAUUCCGUCAACUCACUUCCGGAGCCAUAAUAUUGCUAGCACUGUGGGAGGCCCGGACAUACCUGCGGCGUCUAUACGGUCUAGGCACGCAACGGCGCGAUCCCAGGGCGAAAGCUGCGGCAAAGGACAUGGCCAAGUCUCCAGUCAAGGUCCAAGGCAUUACCGGUGAUAAAUUCUGGGAAGAGGUCGCCUCCCACAUGACUGGGCUUGAUUCGCAGGAGAAAAUGAUAGAAAAAUGCCGCGCUUUCGUCGAUCUCCUUAAUGUCGACCACGAAUUCAAGGUUGCCGACGAAGAUGACGAUAUGGAUGGGGAUAUGGCUGGGACGCCCAGUGAAGAGGAGGAUGAAGGCGCACCCCCCGAAAGGGGUCGUAAGCGUAAGGGUACUGGAACGCCUGGUGGGAGGAAGAAGCGCGCCCGUUCGACAUCGCGGCCGCGGCCAAGAGGUCGGCCGCGGAAGCAGAGUAUGGAUACUGAUGCGGCUGGCGAUGCGGACCAAAGCUGGUUUUAG